AUAUAAAUCAACUUUCGCUCGUAGUGUUUGUAUUCAUUAAGUUAGAGUCUUUCUGUUGACAACGCAGUUUCGUCUGAAUCCUUAUUUUCGCCUCGUCUUCUCGGACAACAUGAACACCGUCCUUCCCUCCUUUACAGGACUAUUCAAAAGGUCUCGUCGAUCACUGAUGUACGGUUCUAUAGCAGCUGUGACGAUUGGCCUGGAGGGGUUCUUUGAAAGUAUCGUGUUUAGCUGUCCUUGUGAAGGACACUUCGCUUACGGACUGGCUUUUUUGUGGGCGCCGACCGUUCUCCUGUUUCUCAUUGGAAUCCUGGUAGAUAGAGACUUAUGGAGCCAUUCGAGAAGGAAUUCUGUCACAAAGAAGGAAACCAAGCCUUUCACCCGCCGCCAUCUCAAAGUGCUCUUAACGAUAAUUGAUGUAUUAGUGCGAGCAUCCAUCGCUCCAGUCGCUUGGUUGGUUUUGUCCUUUCUACAGCAGCAAUACUAUACAUGCGCGUUUUUCGGUCCUCCUCUGACCAGUGGAUUCACCGCGAGAAAUACAACCGAAAAAUGCUCUUUUAAACUCGACUUACGCACUAGGUUGCAAGAGGAGCACUACAAAACCCGUAGCCAAAUAGCAGGAUGGUCUCUAAUGCUGGUAGCCAUGUCUGUUCUCUUCACCACAAUCUGUAUCCGUCGAUGCGUUCGGAAGGGAAAACAUCUUAAAAUACCAAGUCUUAAUUAUUAUCACCAUGUUGAAGCAAAAGAGGCUUUGGAGCAUUAUCACAAUGAAGCGAAAGAACUUGCCAAAAAGAAAGCAAAGAAGGGGAUAGACGAGCUAUUUAAAAAGACAGAAGCGAACGAAUUUAAUUCCCGUCUCCAAAACAUUGCAAAAGAAAUCCAAGAUACAUAUGGGCGUUUUUUUGUCAUACCGCCAGAGAGUCCCACUUAUACCUCCCCCUCGACUGCAUCAAAUGACCCUCCUGAAUUUCCUUCGCAUGCCUCGCCUACUGUGAACCGCAGUCUUCUAUCAGAUGGAUCUGAAGUGAAAAACGAAGGAGAAAAACAUGGUCUGUCGUCUGCUACCAACACACCGCGUUUAUCCCCCACUUGUCAGACGGCGUAUAUAAGUUACAAAGGGCACACGAAGCCAGCAUUCAACAGACAAAACGCCAGCAGUAGAAGCCAGAAGGAAACAGUGUCCGAAGCCGCUCUUUGAGAAGUCUCUAAGGGGAGGGGAAGGGGAGCGUUGCGUGACACUUCGACAUAAUGCUAUGGAGGAGACUA